ACAGCAGCAGCAGCAGGUGGAGCCCCGCUCCGCCGCGGGCAGCGCCUGGCCGGAAACCCAAGCAGCAGCCGCCCGGCCCCGCGCUGGCCCUCUAGGCGCGAGCCCACGCCGCCCCGGUCCGACCCAGUUUCCCAGGCACCGGGUCGCGGCGGCCGGGGACGCGGUUGGGGCCGGGGCCGGAUGCAGCUCCGUGCGCACAGCGGCUCUGGAAGACCCCAGCCCGGGGUGCAGGGUUAACGGGAGCCUGGCUCGCCUCGGACACCGAAAGACUUGUGCUCGGGGACAGGGCGGCCGCGGGCUGGAGGAUCCGGAUCCUGGGCACCUGGCGGGACGCUCUCGGAGUCUGGGUGGCAAGCUCGCCCCACCUCCUCGCCCGGGCGCGGACAGGGAGGACUCUUUCCAGAGGACCGGACCUCUUCGCCGGGUCCCGAGUGGAGUCCUCGCACUGGGCGCCUGUUGGUCUCCAAACCUGUUUAGUUGACACUGGUCUGCAGCUGUUCUCUGCUGGUUAGGCUUCUUCUUCGGCUAGGGGAGCAGUUGCCGCCAGCGACAUUCCGGACCUGUGGGCGCUCCAGGUCCCGGGUCUCCGGACCUGCCGAAAUCCUGCCGGCUUCGCUGACCCUCAACUCUCUUUCUGCUUGUCUCGGGUGCUCCCAGCCAUUGGUUUGGCCGGGAGCGUGCUGACGAGGCGUCUCUCUGGCCCCCUCGUUUGGGAGGGCCCUGGUCUCCAGGGAGCGGCUUUGUGCGUGGUGGGAUCCGGGGUUCUCAGCCAUGGCCUUCACUUUCGCUGCUUUCUGCUACAUGCUGUCCCUGGUGCUCUGCGCUGCGCUCAUCUUCUUCGCUAUCUGGCACAUCAUCGCCUUUGACGAGUUAAGGACGGAUUUUAAGAGUCCCAUAGACCAGUGCAACCCCGUUCAUGCGAGGGAGCGGCUGAGGAACAUCGAACGCAUCUGCUUCCUCCUGAGAAAGCUGGUGCUGCCAGAGUACUCUAUUCACAGCCUCUUCUGCAUCAUGUUCCUGUGUGCUCAGGAGUGGCUCACCCUGGGGCUGAACGUUCCCCUGCUUUUCUAUCACUUCUGGAGGUAUUUCCACUGUCCAGCAGACAGUUCAGAACUAGCCUAUGACCCGCCUGUUGUCAUGAACGCCGACACCUUGAGCUACUGUCAGAAGGAGGCCUGGUGUAAGCUGGCCUUCUAUCUCCUCUCCUUCUUCUACUAUCUGUACUGCAUGAUCUACACCUUAGUGAGCUCCUAACUCGGACCCUGACGACGGAGAGGCCGAGGCUGGGGAUCGCCGAGGCUGUGGGAGAGAGAGAAAGCAGACGGGGAUGAUGCAGACACCCAGCUGGCAGAGACUGAAUGGAAGGAACGAGAGUCACACAGCAGACAGGGCCACGUUGCCCAUGUACCUCUGUUGUUGCUGUGUGCUGCUGCCUCCCUGUUCGCACCCCACACGGGUUGCAGAGCUCCUCUGAUCAUCCGGGGUGCCGGCUUGCAGCCGCUGAAACCCGAGGCCUCUGGAGAUGUAGUUGUGGCUUCCACGUCACUGAGCAGCAGUACCUUGCAAGUCCCCCCGGAGGGCCUGUCCGGAUGGUGGGAAGGAGGCCGGAAGCCGGAAGGUGUCAACCAAGGGACAGAAUGGCUCAGGGCCAAGGCCAGGUCUCCAGGAAUGGCAGAGACCCUCCAGGACACCGUGGGCUACCCAAGACUCUUGUUCUAUGUUUUCCAGAGUUGUGGUCAAAUGCUUUGCUCAGUGCAAGGCCAAAAGCUGUGGGGCCUGCCCUGAGCCUGCUGUCAUGUCACUUUUAGGGUCUGUUUGUGUCUGAGCUCAAGCAGUGGCUUCCCGAGCUCGGUGCGGGCAGCAAGUCACAUCCAGUGUGACCUGGGGAGGGGGGAGUGGGAGAAAAUGGCUUUUUAAAAUGUUGUCAACGUGUCCCAGGUGUGAGUUCUUCACCAUCCCAAGAUGUAUUCAGCCACUGCACCAAAAAUCCUUCAGUCAUGACAUGCCGAUCAGCUGGCUGGCGUGAGCCAAGCCAUCAAAACCUCAAAACAGUUUGAAGCCCAGAAGCAGAGGGCCGCUCUGUAUGUGGCGACGGAUGGCCAGGAAGUGAGACAACACAAUUAUCGCUUCAGCUGAUGCUUCCAGCCUUCCUUUGUGCUUUUCAGUUCAGUGUGGGGACAUCCGCUUAUUCAGAAUCUUCCACUUGGCUUUUGCUUCUUUUUUGGGGUGGGAGUUGUGUGAGGGGGUGUAAGUAGUGACAAGGCUGAGCUCUUUAUGAUGCUUAAAUUGGGCACAAUGAUUUGACCCGAUUCCCCAAACCUCUUUGCUUUCUACCAUUAACACACACACACACACUAUUUAUAUACACACCAAUUCCCAUCUGAGUUCUGUGACUCAGGUUUUUGAAUGGUGUUUGUGUAACACGUUGUGUUCUAUGUUUAAAAUGCAGCAACAACUUCAGCGGCUCACCUCACCGGCUCUCCCCCUUCAACCCAUCCCGGGCUGGAUGUGUCUCCAGAUGGUUGGCAAACUAGUAGGUAGAAAAGCAGUUUCAAAAAGAUACCGGGUUUCUAAAAAUUCUACAGAAAACAAAAUAGGGAGGAAAAAAGAAAAUAAAAUUUGCAAGAAAGAACAAAAACAGAAUGCAGCUUCCCCGAGGGGCCAGCGGUAUAAAGCCAGAGCCUUUGCAGCUGGGUUUGGGGGGCUCCUUCCCUCGGCAGGAGCGCUGGCUACUGCUGGGGAACUUGUGGAGGCCUCAGCUGGGUACUGAUCCCAGGGUGCCUACUUACCACCAACGAGCAA